CUGGGGCAGAGUUCCAGGCCCGCAGCCCCAGUCCGGGUCGUGCCGCCUUGCUGCGCCCCGCCGCCCGCGCUGGGAGCGGGUCUUGUGCGCUCGCCGUGCCCCUCGGCCAGCUGGGCUCCCGGGGCCAGCAGGCCUCGCACCGCUGGCCGCCUGAGGAGAAUCGCUGGUUGUGGUCGCCGCCAGGGAUAUCUCUUCACCUUGAAGAUAAAGCAAAAAUCUUUUUCUGAAAUAGAUGGAUUUUUGUUACUUCCUGUGAACUAAAACGAUUCAAUGUCUCUUUUGGAUUGUUUCUGCACUUCACGAACACAAGUUGAAUCACUCAGACCUGAAAAACAGUCUGAGACCAGUAUCCAUCAACACUUGGUUGAUGAGCUACCCUUUUCCCAGUUGCCUUCAUCCACUAGAGCCAAGGAUGUGAUCUGUUCCACCAAUGUUUCUCACUAUGAACUCCAAGUGGAAAUUGGAAGAGGAUUUGACAACUUGACUUCUGUUCAUCUUGCCCGGCAUACUCCUACAGGAACACUGGUGACUAUAAAAAUUACAAAUCUGGAAAACUGCACUGAUGAACGCCUGAAAGCUUUACAGAAAGCAGUGAUUUUGUCCCACUUUUUCCGGCACCCCAAUAUUACAACCUAUUGGACUGUUUUCACUGUUGGCAGCUGGCUUUGGGUUAUUUCUCCAUUUAUGGCCUAUGGUUCAGCAAGUCAGCUCUUGAAGACUUACUUUCCUGAAGGAAUGAGUGAAACUUUAAUAAGAAACAUUCUCUUUGGAGCAGUGAGAGGGUUGAGCUAUCUGCACCAAAAUGGCUGCAUUCACAGGAGUAUUAAAGCCAGCCAUAUCCUCAUUUCUGGUGAUGGCCUAGUGACCCUCUCUGGCCUGUCCCACCUGCAUAGUUUGGUUAAGCAUGGACAGAGGCAUAGGGCUGUGUAUGAUUUCCCACAGUUCAGCACAUCAGUGCAGCCGUGGCUGAGCCCAGAACUACUGAGACAGGAUUUACAUGGAUAUAAUGUAAAGUCAGAUAUUUACAGUGUUGGGAUUACAGCAUGUGAAUUGGCCAGUGGGAAGGUACCUUUCCAGGACAUGCAUAGGACUCAGAUGUUGUUACAGAAGCUGAAAGGUCCUCCUUACAGCCCAUUGGAUGUCAGUAUCUUCCCUCAAUCAGAAUCCAGAAUGAAGAAUUCCCGAUCAGGUGUAGACUCUGGGAUUGGAGAAAGUGUACUUGUCUCCAGUGGAACUCAAACAGUAAAUAGUGACAGAUUGCAAACUCCAUCCUCAAAAACUUUCUCUCCUGCCUUCUUUAGCUUGGUACAGCUCUGUUUGCAACAAGAUCCUGAGAAAAGACCAUCUGCAAGCAGUUUAUUAUCCCAUGUGUUCUUCAAACAGAUGAAAGAAGAAAGCCAGGACUCAAUACUUACACUGUUGCCUCCUAAGCCAUCAAUAGCACUGUCUCCAGUGUCACGUUGGACUGAGCCGGAAUGUGAUUUUCCUGAUGAAAAAGACUCAAACUGGGAAUUCUAGGGCUGCCAAAUCCUGUAUGUCCUAGAUACUUGACACUUUCUCUCUGCUACUUUUCUUCUGUAUUGCUAGGUACAAAUACUAGAAUUAUACUUGAAAAUACCAUUGUUGCACUGGAGAAUCUAUUGUUUAAAACCACUCUGUUCAAAGAAGCAUGAGUUUAUAUCCUCUUUGGUUAACUCACAGUUCUAUUACAACUCCAGAAAAACUUCAGAAUUAUGAAUCUAGUUACAUUUAGUGUCCUUUGUUCUCAUUUUUUUCCCCAAGCUGUGACUAAUUCCUCUUCUUGAUCUUUGAAUUUAAGUUUUGAGCCAUUUAAUUUUUUCAGCAUUUUGUUGCCCUCAGGGGAAUGAGCCCUCAGAGGACAGUGCUUCCAAGUACACUUUUUACUUCCAGAUUCUCUAGCCUUUUUGAUCAGCUAGCUACUAAACAGGCUAGUUUAUCCUGGCAUCAAAACCCUUUUUUGGUAGAAGGGAAAAUGUUUAUACUUCCCAUAUUAUUCUGUUAAAUAUCAAACUGAGCCUCACUCACAUUAAAUGAUAAAGAAGUUGUAAUUUGUGCUUUUUUUUUCAUUUUUAAGAGGCUAAAGUGACACUUUUCUACUUAUGUAAGUUAUAGAUCCUAAAUUCAUGCACCCUGUGGGAGCUCAAUAAAGAUUUAUUAAAUUGA